GUGGAGGAGCAGGGGGCGGUGGCGGCCGCAAUCGGGGCGGUCCGGGCGGGGGACCUCCCAAGGCGUCCGGCAAGAAGCGGCACCGGCUCGCCUCCCUGCCUCCCUCAGCGCUGCUGGCUAGGGUGGAGCGGCGGGGCGGGGGCGGCAGUUUCCCCGUGCACUGUGUUGCAGGUGGGAAGCUGCUGGAGCUCAAUCAGCGGCUGGCGCUGGAGCCCCGACUGCUGUACGACAGGCCGUGCCGCGAGGGCUACGUGGCUAUCCUGUUCCCCUCCCCGGACGCCGCCCGGCAGCUGCGGAGCCGGCUGCUGAGCGAGUCGGAGUACCUGCGGGUGCGCGGGCUGAGUGCGGAGGACCUGUUGUGAGGGUAGUGGUGGUGGUGAGGAGGAGGGGGGUGUGGGGAGGCAGAUGAAGAUGAUGUUGGUGAUGGUGGCGAGGGCAGGAGAUCCGGUGUUUGUUUUCUCUUACAUACCCGGCUCGCAGGCAUGGCAGCUGGCAAAGCGUACGUGGCGUGUUACGCAACUCUCUACGACCCCCCCCCCCUGUGGUGAUCCUCGUCAUCAGGAUGGUGGGUGAUGGUGGAGGAGGCGGUUGUGUGGAGCAUGGGCGCUUGCUUGCGGCCUUGUCGUUGUGACACGUGUGGUCAGCUGGUCGCCCUUUGGUGUCGUGUGGUGCGGUAGGUGGCUGCUUCAGCGGGUGAUGGCAGCCGGGUUGCGACCACGGGUGCAGUUACUGGAGGAGGGAUGAAGUGCGGGUCGGGAGGUGGAAUGGAAGGCUUGAAGCGUUGCGACGUGUGCCGUAUCGAGCCAGGAGGGGCUCUCAGCGCACUUGCCGUACCCCUGCCGUACCGCCCUCACACACCCGCCACAUGCCCCACUUGUGUACGACCCAGCACGCCACUGCGGCAACCGAGCCGAGCCACCAUCUGUACAUCCGCACAGCACUUUUCUUGGCCACCAGCCUCCCGAGAAAGGAGUAGGUCCUGGGGGUCCAAUCCUUUCGUCAUAGCUGGGCUCCCAAACCUAACAAGGGUAACAACGCAGGC